AUGGCCACCCUCACAGACUCGGAGGUUGAGAAGCUCUUCUCGGGAGCACCUCAGUACUUUGCCCGCUCCGAGGGCCACUACACCGGCGCACCUCACCCCUCGGUUGCCUUUCCCUGGGACGAGUCUCUCGAGAUCAGGGAUCUCACAGACCACACGCAGAUCGAAGACAAGGCCUGGGGCUGCGUCACGGCUUGGCCUCACAUCACCCGCGAUGUCCACGCCGACCGGUCCACCGCCCAGCGGGCCUCGGAGCAGAAACGCCGAGCUCACUUUUACCCCCGCUGCCGCGAGCGGCCGAACAUGCUGAGCAUGUUUGGGCUGGAAAAGGGCAGCCUGGGAUACCAAGCCGCACUGGAGCUGUCGGUAGCAGACGCGCUCCAGGAAGAGCAAUGGGGGUUUGAGAGCAUUGGCACGAGGACCCCGGCGGUGAUUGAGCAGAGGCAAAAGAUGCUGACGUCCAAGGACGGGCUGAGACAUAUUGAGGAGAGUCUGAUCAUGGAGCAGCUGAUCAAGAAUGGGGCGAGGUAUACGGAGAAGCACUUGCGGGAGAAGAGGGUUUCGAGCGAACUUUACAAUGAGUUGUUCCUCCAGAUUCUCCACCCGCCGACGAAGGUGCUGGACCACCGGGAUCCGUACAGUCUUGCCGUGCAGAUUUCGGCCUUGGUCAAGGUGCUGGCGGCCCCGAACAUGUGGAUUGAUUUCUCGCACGUGGAGUGGAGAAUCAGGUUGGGACAGCUGCUGUGGGGGAAUGAUUUGGGGGAUGAGGUGGAUGAUGGGGCUUCGAUCGGGACGGGAGAUUCGUCGGGCGACAUCUUUGAGGAGAGGUAUUGGUUGCUGAUGCAGAUCUUGCUGGCUUGUGAGUUGCUCAUCAGGUUGGAUGCAAUCACGGAGGGAGACGAGUUGGGAGUGGAGAGUAUUCGACCGGCGGAGAUUUUGCGGUUCGAGAGAGAUGCGAACAAGUCGGUGAAGUGGUCGCUCAUCCUUGCAAGAGCUUGGUUGGAAAACAUCGAGGUCGUCAAGACAGAGGGCGCGGAGAGGUCAUCAGAUGAGAAGCCUUCUUCUGGGUGGUUGGCUUCGUUGACCAAACGCAUGUCUCUGUCUCGCGAACACGGGCAUGGACAUGGACAUGGCCAUAAAAAUCAUCACCAUGAUCCGGCCUAUCUCAUCAGAGGAAAGCACGUGCAGCGUCAGCUUAAGGGCCUGGAGCAUUUUGCCAGGAGAUUGUGGUGGCCGGAUGAGAAGUCCUAUGUCUCGACAAUCUCUGACAACUGCCGCGCCGUGGUGGAAGGCACUCCGUUGACCACACCCCUCGCCAGUCCGAGCAGCCGAGCCGACAGUCAACGCUCGUCGUAUUUUACGGUCCCUAGACCCAAUUCGAAGUCUCGUCGGGCGGCAUCCAGACGAAGAAAGAUCUCGGCUGCACUGCACUCUUCUGGCUGGCUUUCCAAGAGCUAUGUGUCCGGCCUGAUGUUGCCCGGGGAAGGACUGUGCCAUUUCUUGAUGGCAACUCUGCUGGAGAACGACCCAGAAGCCAUGGCGAGGCUGGGCCCCAUGGCAAACCUCUGUGCUGGGUUCGUCUACUCUGGCAAGAGCUUCUGGAGCACUGCUUGCAUCGUCGGCCGUGUGCUCGCUGCAGGCAAGGGUGCCGUAGAAUGCAUGGGAUGGAUUUCGAGUGACGUCACACCUCUUGGGCUUGGAGACGGCUGGGUCAACAUCGAAGUCGAAGAGACUGCCGAAGACGCCCUCCAUGUCGACAAGAAGGCUCGCCUCUGGGGCAAGCGCGCCAUUGAAAACGAAUCCAACGUUCUCGGUGACGCCGACCCUUCUUCUGUUCUGCCGGCGGACUUUAUCAUUCCAUUUGAAAACAUUUACCGGGACAGGGUCCCGCCUAUGAUUCACAUCGGCUUCGAGGCAUUGCAGCUUUGCGCGCCGGCCGAUUCGGUGCACACCACACCUAGUGAGAGCAACGGAGUAACACCGGUUUCAGAAGUCAGCAGCCGGCCUCCCGAGAUUCACACCUAUCCGGCGGCCAUUAGCUUUACGGUUACGGAUAUGGACACGGAGGAGGUGACCGAGCACACCUUCUCGCUGGCGAAGGAUAUCAACUUUGUGACUGCACACCCGUGUGUGCCGUCGCAGCACGUCAAGAUUAUGAAGUCGCCAAGCAGCCCGACUAUUCGGCAGGUGGAUUUGAAUGGUGAUGGUAGUGGUAAGGCUGCUACUGUUCUUGGUAGGUUUCUCUGUCUGUCACUCCUAUCGUUGGUAACUAACAAUACGGCAGGCCAUCCCCUUCACAAGUACUUCGCAUACACUGCGCUCCAUCUCUCGGACCUGCUAUUCUCCAAGAAAGACUUUACACUUGAAGCUCUGCUGGGUGACUACUCCAACGCCCCUCACAAACCAAGCCAGACACCUGCUUCGUCCUCCCCUCCUGCGGCAAAAUUCCUCGUGGUAGACUGCAUCACUGGCUUUCAGCCCCAACCUCAAGAACACGAGAUCCCUCUGUCACCGGUUAUCAGCCGGUCAGACAGCUACAGCAUGAACUCCCCUCUCUCCCCAGUUGGAGGUACUUUUGAGGGAAAGCUGGAGAGCGCCUCGAAGAAGAUGCACAGCGAGAGUAGAAGACGGCAAUUCGGCAGUGACAUGGAGAUGUUGGCUCGGGCGGUGUGUGCAGAGAGGGGGUGGAAUGUGGUUGUUAGUCGGAGAAGAAGAGGCUGUCUGGCAUGCGCGAUUAGGGAGGCGGGAGCGUUGGGUUGGAAGGUGAUUUUGAGAGUGGACUGA